AAUUAAUGCAAGAAAGGAUACAUAAUUAUAUUCAGAUUUAUUGAUUACACAUUAGAGAUAUAAACAGAUUAAGAGCUGCAGCUGCGGAAAUAAGGAUAUAAAUUUUAAAAAUAAAUUAAUUUUAAGAGCUUGGAAAAUUUGAAGGAUAUCACUUCCUUCCACAAAGGAAAAAGAAUCAUCAAAAUGAUAACAAAAAAAAGUAUUGUGUUUAAUUCGUCUAAACUGGAAAAUCACUCUUUACUCACACUUCAACAAAUUUCAACGUAAUAACUGAACUGACCAUGUUAGCAUUUUUACAUGUUGCAUUGUUUUUCGAAGGAGCGGUCGCAUUGGAAUGUUUGGGCAAAAACGGAACAUUUGAAUGCUGUAAUGGUUAUAUGUGGAAUGACGUCACAAAAGAUUGCAGCACAAGGUGUCUUCCUGGAUACUUCGGUCCUAACUGUACCAGACAUUGUAGUCCUGGUCGUUACGGGGAGGGAUGUGCUCACCAGUGUAUCAUGUGUGAAAAGACUUUGUGCAAUGUUUCCUUUGGGUGUCCAAUGACCACAACAGAAACACCAAGACUUGCAAGAACAGAGCAAUUUCAAGGUUUCAUUACCAGAAACUUACCUAUGAAAUCUCAAGAAAACAAUUACGAAGACGAGAAUACAGCGAACAUUUGGCAGAUUUUAUCGCUUUGCUUUUCGGUUGGAAUAUUUGCAGUGAUUAUCUCAGUUUUGGUUUACAAGCAUACUUGCAAAAUCCUUUUCAAAACCAAAGGAAGUCCUCAGACUGAGAAUAAUGGUUCAAUGAACGCUGAUAAAAACUAUAUAUACCAGGCACUUAAUGAUAAAACCGUCUACAGCGGAGGAGCAAAGGUCCAGAUAAAUCUAAACACAGUGAAGAAUAAUUUCUCCAUUAUCCUGAAUACUGAAGAAAGCGUAGACGAAGAUGCAUUACAUCUGUUAGAGAACAUGAAAUCCAAGGGCCCAUCCGUUUGGGGGGCCUCGGUGAAUAGAAGUGUAAAAUAUUAUGAGACUGUUUGCUGAAUAUUAUUUUUCCUACAUAAUUAGUUUGCAUUGAUGCUGAUUCAAAACAAAGCUCUUAAAGUAUUAAU